AUGCUAGGAGAGAAUGCUGCGACUUUCGAUAUCUAUCUAUCUGGGACUGCUGAAACACCAACACUUGGGUUUCGGUGGGACAAGGAGGAGGAGGAGGAGGAGGAGGAGCAGGAGGAUGAUGAUGCUGACGGGGAGGAAGCGAAACGCGGAACGAAUUGGAUAGACACAAUGGGUGGAAACGCGAAGAAUGGAAUGGAAUUGAAGGCGGGAGGGCCAUACGAAGAAGUGAUGGAGCAAAUUCAAAAUGGAGACGACGAAAUGGGACGCACAAAAAGGGUCCAAAGCGCGUGA